ACUCGGAAAAACGUAACAAACGGUGUAAUGGAAUGGCCCUGGGCAAGCAGGGAAAGGACGCUGGGAGUUUCGGAAAGCACAGUCCCCCCGCCCAGCACCCGUUAAGGGCCGCUGCUGGUGUCUUGCACGCAGCUGUUUCCUCCUCCGGCCCUCCUGUUCCCCGGGCCGCCUGGGCACCGGCGCCUGCACUCUGCAAUACCGUAAACCCUGUUUCUAGCCGUUUUCAAUCAAAUGGAAGACCGUCCAAAUUUCCGUCUCAAUGGAGAUCAGCUGUUCUAAAUCCAAGCUCCCAUGAAGCCUUCCAGGGCUGGCCUGACUUGGAAUUUAAGCAGCAGCUCCGCCCUCCAUGGAGUGAACAGUGGCCGGGGCUCCGGAUGAGGCGGGCCUGCCCCCUCGCGGCCACGGUGCUGCACGGCAGCUCUGAGGGCUCGCGGGCUGUGCAGCCGCCAGUCAGCUCCCGAGGACGCAGGGAGGAGGCACAGGAAGAGAGUCGUUCAGCCCCCAAGUCCCAUCCCCUUUCCCUCCCCGACAUCUCUCCCCGUUGCCCCGCUCUGGCUCCGUCGAGCUGCAGUGGUCUGUUAGCUGGACGCUGCCUCCAGCUUCUGUGUGGAAUCCAGGCACCUCGCCGCAGGACACUCGCUGUCGAUCCUCUGCGAUCUCUAAUUAAGGCCCUGCUGAGCCUCCUGUUAAUCUGCAGGGAGGAUCCUCCAGCGGAGAGACACGCCCUUCCUGCAGAGGCGCACCGCCAGCCACCGGGGACCAGGCGGGCGGCGUUUCUCCCGACACGCCCGCCGGAGGAGGCGACGACCCUCCCUGCGCUCGCGCUGAACCCCGUUGCUGAGCUGCAGUUCCGGAGGUGUCCUGUCGCUCAAAUGUGGGGACGCGGGGGAACCAUCCAGAAGACAGGGUAUGUGCGGAUGUUGUCACAGGGUUUGAGGGAAGCAUGUCUCACACACCUCACACAUGAGAACCCAACCAUCAUCACAUUUAUGAACUACAAAAGGAUCAGCAUUUUAAAAUUAGUAACGUGAAUUUUUCUCAUUUCAAAGAGCCUCUGCCAAAUUGCGUAAGCUCCUACACAAUGCAUAACUACUUCUGGUGAUCCAGCGACAGUCACAAUCACUCAAGACUGCAAAUGAUAUUUACCAAUUUGUCUGGUUACUUUGGAAGUUCUUUCAAUGUCCGGCUUUAAAAGGGCAAGAAUAUUAAGCAAGGAGAAUUGAAGCUGCUUUAUGGAAUACCUACAUAGUUUGUUAAGUGAACAUAACCUAAUGUUAAAGUAGAACACUUCUCACCUCAGUUUCUCCGGAGGGUCUGAUAUUGUGGCUCUCAGGUACCCAUGUGUGCAUGAGACAGAACACUGUUAAGAGGAAUCUAAAACAAAACGAACCCUGAUGUUUGGGUUUAGUUUCAACAUUUAAGGCCAUUUAUCCAAGGACUUCUUUCUCUCUUCAAGAAUAUAAAAGGUUUUUUUGGAGAGUAAGAAGAAAAAAGAAAGAUUCUAGUGAGAAGGGUUUUGUGGAGAAGUUUUGCUGUAAGCCUGAAAGUCCUGUAUCUCGAGAGAAAAUAAGGGGUGAGGGGACACCUGAGCCUCCCUCAAGUUUUGAGGGCCUUCAGCAUGGCCAUUCUGAGAGCCUAAUAUGUGUCACCUGAAGUUUGAAAGACAGUGAGCCGAGAGCUGAUUUCUGCCCCAGAAAAUCUGCAGAGUAACAGAGAAGCUGGCCAGUUGUAUUGAGGACGAUGGAGCCAAAGCAAGUAGCUGCUAUGUCUGGGAAAUUCCCACCACCUCAAGCCCCUGCAGUGGAAGGACAAGGCAAGUUCCCUCAAUGUAGGGCACAACAGAGGACCAGCGAUCCUGAGGCUGUGUUAGGAUCUACCAGAGAGGACCUCCUAGAAGGGGCAAUGGGACUCCACGGUGUGUGGGGGUGGAUCCUCUAAAAUGGGAGUUGCCAGCAGAAAAAGGGGCAUCAACACAGCUCCAGAGAUCCCACGGAGGGGAUAACCCCCAAAAGAGUGCUCAAGACAAUAUCAGCCUUAAACAUCAGCCACAUUCAGCACAAAGCCAAAUAAUGGCAAAUAGAGCUGAGUAAGAAAAUUCCCUUCUACUAUUUUUGAUUCCUCUCUUUAUGUCCCAACCCUAGAGGCAAGUCUAUUGAGGAAGAAGGAGCAGGAAAAGAAAUGAAGAUCAAGCCUUCCUCUCUCACUGCAGGUAGCCAGCUCACACUAAGCUGCCCAAGAAAGGGAGACCAUUCAACACUAAAUAAAAUUUAGGGUUUUAGGUUUUUCCAGGGCUAGGUAUUCUAAUGUGUGUAUUUAGGCUGUGUUUGUGACUUAAAAUGACCACAGGACAGACUGUAAAUUACCUUGGGGUGAACUGUAUUCCUCCAAGGCAGGGAAAGAUUGCCAUAUGCAAUAAACUUUAUAGGAUCAAUAAGAACAAAAGUCAAGUUAUGUUUUUAUCACAUUCCACAUGUCAAAUUUGUUACAUUAAGAAGAACCUAUUAGAAAGCUAUAAAUAAAAUGUUAAUAAUGGUAUUGUUCUGAUACCAUUUUCUGA